AUGGUCCUCACCACUACCAUCGACGCAACCACAACAUUUCCCAUCCCUGGUAGCAACCCGCCCCUCAAACUCCAGAUCACCGUCGCUAUAAAAAGCGGCAUGACCGGCGAGCAAGCGCGCAGAGUUCUCGCCAACGCAAUCACUGAAAUCCAAGGCUACAUACCCUUCGAGAGUGGCGACCCGGUCCCCGAAUGCGGGAAGAAUUUUGUCAUCGACGGGACGUACGCGCUGCAUUUGGCUCAGGUACCGGGGUCUUUUAAGGCGGCCUUUACGUGGCUUGUGGCCCUGCAGGCUGUGCAAGGGUAUCAGACUUAUGUUGGGCAGAAAGACCCAGUGUUAUUUGGUACGGUCAGAAUUUUGGCGGAUGGACCGGAGGAGCUGUUUUAUGGCAUUAUGUUGCUAGGCAAAGGGAGAUGA